UCACUUUUCUCCGUAUCCCCCUUCAUAAAAUACAUGGCACCAAAUAAAACAUCGCCAGGUCCCCAACUGACCCCUCAUUGACGAUCUGGUGAACCUUUGCUGUUAUUCCUUCUUCGCUGUUGUCGAGAGAUUUCGGCUCCUUCCUUCGACAUUGCGUCCUUCUCCCACCUCCAUCUCCGAGAGCUUGACUUUGAUUGAUACGUGCAACCGGGACUGCGACUAUCUGUGAUUGCUCGCUGCCACUCCUGUACUAUUGCUACCGCCGGCACCAACGCCUCUCCCUCGUCACAUUUACAGUCGGCUGUGAGAAUCUCUUCAUUCGCUGAUCCAUUGCGUCUGGCCCACGGUCUUGCAUAUUUACGUUGUUGGCUAGCCGCUUGAACUGCCUGCACCGUCAGUACUUACAGGCCUAAUCACACAGUCAGCCUAUAUCGACAAGAGAGGAUCUUUGUCGAUUUGUAUUUGGAUCUGGAUCUGGGUUUCUCUCGCUGUAACAGAUUGGCACAGUUAUCAGGGACGUCCCUCCAGAAGGACAGUCGCCAAGAGGUCGCGCUACUGCAUCUCCAAUUGACGGAAAAAGCAAUUCUGUGCAGGUGGUCGUUUCCCGCUACGACGACCUACUACAACGACCAACUGAAUUCGGGAACCAACUAAAACCAACUGAGUUGAGCGAAACCACGCGAAACACGGGCCUGCCGGGCUGGAGCCAACAUCCCAACCCAACCCACCCCGUACCGAAUUUGAUAAAACAAGUCGCCAGUCGAUCGACCGAGGCCACUCUGACGCCCCUGGCUUUUCCCUCCUUCGAUUAAUCAUUUACUCGCAACUGCAACGAGGAGAGGAAAUAACAACCGGGUUAUCUCUUCUUCUAUCCUUCUCGGUUCGUCAUCUUCAUUUUUUCCCCUUGUUCCCUUCUGAAUCCCCCCCCCUCUCUCUACCUCCCAUCUUGCAUGCAGAACAAGGGAAAGCAGAUUGGAUCUUGCUUCAUUUGCUGCUUGCUCUGCUCUGUCACAUCUCGCACAGAGCUGAACCGCCCGCUUUGAGCUUGGACCCAAGUCAGAGCGCGCAGGGCAAAAAAGAAGAGCGAGCCGUCGUCGAACCAUCCACCACCAACGGACCAACCAGCUUCUAUAUCUGGUCUCUGUCGCCUGAGCUGAGCUAUCGAUAUUAUUAUUCCUUCCAGCCCAUCUCAGCCCCAGCCCAGCCCAUCUCAGCCCCAGCCCAGCCCAGCCCAGCCUCCCUUUGUGUGGUUCUGGUUCUGGUUCUAGUUCUGAACGUUCUUCUGGCUCUUCUUGUCCUUCUUGUCCGUCACUCCUGCGACAAGACUCACCCAAAGUCGAAUCGAAUCGUGUGCUGACUCGAGUCGGCCACGUUCACGAUCGUUUCCAUUCCUGUCUCACUUCACAUUUACGGUCGUCUCCGACCGAUUCGUUUCGAUCCGUUUUGCUGUCUCUGCUGUACUCGCUAGUCAAUACAAGAAAGGAAACCUCUAACUCGCGAGAACCUAGACCCAGAAAAACCCAGGUACUCGGCUCACUCUGGCUCGCUGACUGGCCUUGCCUAUUCCCUCCUGCUUCUCCUUGCAGCUCUCCCGUUCCCGCUCUUGUCUCCUUACAACACGAACCACCUGUCGCCAUUUCCCACAACCCUGCACUCGCACUCUUUUCAUUAUGAGUGCUGCAAUUGCAAUGGCUCCCUCUCCCGCUCCUCACGAAAGGUUCUCCAACCCCGAACUACCCGCUCCCUCUACUUCGGCUGCCACCGUUGGAACUUCCCCGUCUGCACAACGGUCUUCUCUCAACCUUUCGACAUCGCAUGCGACAACCCAAUCUUCCACCAGCAGCAGCCCUAAAGCUGCGGGCCAGGGUGCCAAAUCAUCACCCUCCAGCGCUUCACGAUCAGCCGGCGCGCCCCCUAGAAUUAUCGUCAAGAAGGAGCCUGCCUCUCCCAGCAUGACCCAUACGCGACCUCGACCACGCAAACUUGACCUGUCCAAGAAUACACCCAAAUCUAACCAACCAACUUCGGCACGGCCCAUGACAGCCCGUGACGGCCUUGCUAUCCAAGAAGUUGGUAUCGCCUGCCUGUCUCCUGGCUUUGUCACCCAAGACCCUGUUAUGAAGGAGCAGCUGCAGCGAAGCAUGUCAGUCCGAGAACAACAACGACACAUCAUCGAAGCUAGACUUCACCAGCAGUCUGCCAAGGGAGACGGUCCCGAUAAAGAUCCCGUGUCACAGUUCGCCGCCAAGACACCCGGCAUGUCGAGAAGAAAUAAGGCCCCUGGCCUCUCCAUCGUUGCGCCCUCUCAUGAGCAAUUUGCCAACGAGAGAGUUAUCCAGUCUGCGCCUCUUGGCCACAGCUUUACAGGACGUCAACAUCCUGCUCCCAUGACCCGUCACAUCACCAACCAGCCUUCCAACCUUUCGAGUACUUCUCAUAUCCACCACAUUCCUGCUACCCAAACGGCCAACCGAUUACCGCCUAUCAGCGAUGUAUUUGGCCAAGGCCUGUCAGCGCAUCCCGACAAUGCUCCUCAGCCUCAGUCUCUCUACCCUAGUGGUCCCAGCUCUCGUGGACCGAUGACAUCCCCUGGCCACCCUCCACCUCCACAGGCCCCUACGCCUGGACGAGGUCGUGAGUACAGAUCUGCUGAGGAAGCGCAACAGGAGCUUGCUGGUGGGCGACCCGAACUCCUCCCUAAGCUUGUUCACUAUGGUGGACACCAGCCCCCGACACCCCCUUCCCCAGCUCCCGGCAGUCGACCUGUGGAUGCUUCACGAAGCGCUAGCACCAGCAGGCGAAGGACACGCGCUGAAUAUGAGGAUGGCAGCCCACCCCUGGGCCAUGGACCUGCUCCCACUCGUCGUGGGCCCUUUGGUGCCGGACGGGAUAGCCCAGAAACUCAGCGAGCCAAGAAGGAAGAGUUCAUCCGAUUAUGCGAACGCGCGUGGGAUCUAUUUCACUCGUGAAACCUCAAAGACAAGAAUCAACAAUAAUCUUUACUACAACGACCAGCUCGCUUUGGUCAUAUUCUUAGCCUAACAAUCAAGGCGUUAUUUCUGUUUAUUACUUCAACCAUCUUACUGUGUGGCAUACGUCCAGAUCGGCUUUAAAAGGUUGGAUGAUUCGGUGGUUCACGGAAUUGGAGGUUCACUGGGUGGACAUAAUGUUUUUCAUCUUGACGACGCUAUGAAUACUGUCCGUCAAUAUUCCGAAUGUUUGGAGGCAACAAUCUUACACACCAACAAUCUACUCCUCGAUUCAAAGCACCAUCCACUUGUCGAUUGACUGGGGUGUAGUGGUUGUUGAUCAGGGACUCUACUAUUCUUGAUGUAAUUGCAACGGAUGCUUCGCAACAUCGGGACUGGGACAAGACAGACAUCCGGCUGUGGCUCUCUAUUUUAUUUUUUUAUUCUCGUCUUUUAUUUGGUUAUUGGAAAUCGCUUGGUCUGGUGGGCUGCCAGAACCCGGGUAUGAGCAAGACGAAGGGGGGUGAUUAUCUUUUUCUUCUUGCAUACUUAUGUCGUUUUUGGCCAGGAAUUGGCCCGGAUUUGCUUGGAUCUAUUAUUGGCGACGGUUUUUGUAGACCUCGCGUGGUGUACGGAUUUGGAAAUAGGGUGAAGUUUCAAAUAGGAUUGACAUAACUGUUAAGGCGAUACUUGGCUCACAAGUCUCUGUAGUUUCCUUUGUGACAUAAAUAAUCCAUUCCUUGAAACACAGGCAAUCUGGUUACAAAACUAUGUUCCUAUAUAUCAGGAGUGGUCCGAAUAUACAACACGCAAAUAAUAUGUAUAUUGAAUAGACGUAGAACCUCUACAAAGAAGCCCUCUUCUUCUAUUCAUU